CAGAUAAAAGCUGGUGUCUUUGAGAGGCCAGCUGCUCUCGUCACCUUAGCAAGGCACACAGCUCAUGGGCAACCCAUGGCAUCAAAGCUACAGAGGAUGAGCAAGAUCUGCUGCCCUGCCUGGGGAUAGAGGAAUCCAUCCAUCCACCCUGAGGGUGAGUGCCUGCUCUCCCUCUAGUGCCAUGCCUCAUGCCAUGCCUGCUAUCCUGCCCCAGCCUGGCACCUGUGCCAGGCCCUUCUCUGUGCUCACAUGUGCCCCUUGAGCGCAUGUCCAGGUGCUGAGGCUGCCAGGGAAGGGCAACUCCCAGCUGUGUUACCCUGUUGCCCCAUGAGCAUCCAUGUGCCACUGGAGAUGAUUUGUGGCAGACCUGCCUGUGGCUCUGUCCCUUGAGCCCCAGGGACCUGAGCUGUUUCCGUGGAAGGACCAGGCCUGGUGCAGUGGGUGACCAUUCUGGGGAGCAAAGGGCUCAGGAACCCCGAUCCCCCCUUCCUAAGCCCCUGCCGGCUGCUAGGACCCAGCAGCUGUCCCCGUGGGACUGCCACGGGUGCAGGCAGUGCAGGCAGUGCCGGGAGUGACAGCUGGUGCCAUCCGCAGCUGGCAGGCUGCAGGCAAACAGGAUGACGAGCGGGUGACGGGAGCGGGGAAGGGGGAGCGUGGCCUCACACAGGGCCGGCAGCCCCGCUUCUGCUGCGGGAGCAACACCAGCAAGCAGGACCCCAGUGAGGAGAGGAGCAUCACCCAUCUCUCCAGGAGCAAAGGUGCGCUGAAUCCCACCCACCUGGGGUUCCCCUGUGGCCAGAGCAAGAGGGUUGGGACAGACAAGUUGUACUGUCUUUCCUCAGGACAUACUGGUGCCAUUGGAGAGGGGGGACGGGGUGUCAGCCUGGCAUGGGUGCCACAGGACCAAGCAAUGCUAUCUCUGGCUAGGUUGGGGACAGCCUGGGUGCCUGCUCUGGGACAGCCAAGUGGCUAUGGCUUCAUUGUCUACCACUCCCUCCUCCAGCACCCUGGAAGUGUGCUGGUUGUCUCUGCGUUGCUCUGUGGCUCUUCCUCAUUUUGCUUCUUUCCCUUCACACCCAGCUCCUGAUCCCAACAGACAGGGAGAAGGUAGCAGCCAUGGUUGCGCUGGGGUUACCCUCUCUGGGACAAAGGAGAAGAGCCCUUGCUGCCCAGGCACCAGAGCUGCUGGCUUAGCCCUGGAGGGGGAUGGCAAGCCAGACAGGGUCAAACGCCACGGACAGCCUCGAGCUGCUCUCCCUCCCCAAGCACUCCACUGCCCAGGAGGUCUUGGGUCUCUUCUUCAUGAUCCUGCUCACCUUUACCGCCCUGGUGGCCAACAUCGUGGUGAUGGUCAUCAUCCUUAAAACACCCCUUUUCAGGAAGUUCAUCUUUGUCUGCCACCUCUGCGCAGUCAAUCUUCUCUCAGCCAUUUUCCUCAUGCCUCUGGGGAUCAUCUCCAGCUCCUCCUGUUUCAACUGGGUGAUCUACAGCAUUGCUGAGUGCAAGGCCGUGAUAUUCCUGAAUAUCUGCUUCAUCAGUGCCUCCAUUCUCACAAUCUCUAUCAUCAGCGUGGAGCGGUACUACUACAUCGUCCACCCCUUGAGGUAUGAGGUCAAGAUGACCAUCAGGCUGGCGGUGGCUGGAGUGAUUUUCAUUUGGGUCAAGUCUGUUCUCAUCACUGUCUUGGCACUAGUGGCAUGGCCUCAUGGCAAUGGUGCCACCAGCGCCAGCCGCUGCACAGUCUACUGGAGCCCCGGGGCCCACAAGAAGGUUUUUGUGAUCCUCUUCAGCAUCACCUGCUUUAUUCUGCCCACCAUCAUUAUCCUCGCUGUCUACUCCAGCAUCUACCGCGUGGCCCGGACUGCGUCCCUGCAGCAGGCACCUGUGCCAGCACAGGCAGUUGCACCCAGACACCGAUGUGACUCCAUCGCCAGCCAAGUGACCAUCCUCAUUGCCAGGAUCCUGAUGCUGCCCAGACUGAUCCCAGAUCGCCUCCUGGGAAGCAACAAGGCCAUCCUCACCUUGGUCCUCAUUGUGGGACAGUUCUUGUGCUGCUGUCUGCCUUUCUUUGCUUUCCACUUGCACUCCUCUGUCAUUGUUGGCACAGUGGGUGGUGGGCAUGGGGAGAUGGUGGUCACCUGGAUUGCCUACUCCUCCUUUGCCAUUAAUCCUUUCUUCUAUGGGCUGCUGAACCGCCAAAUCCGUGAGGAGCUGGCCCGCCUCCGGCGCAGCUGUCUUAACCGUCCCCUGGGUCAGGAGCUCUGUCUUUCCAUCUCAGAGACUUCUGUUCAGGAAAACUUCUUGCAGUUCCUCCAGAGAGCAACUUGGACACUGGAGAUGCACACCAGCUGCAUCAGUCCCAGCCCCAGGAACAGGCUGGACCAAGCCACAACAGGCUUCCCCACCCCAGGUCAAGUUCCUGAAGAGAGCAGCUGAGAAGAAGGCUCUGCCCCACUGUUCUGGGCAGGAGACCUGCCAGGGACCCAUCAGACCUACUAGGACCCAACCCCUUGGAUUUGGAGGAGUCCUUGUUCAGGAUGGAAUUGUCUCUGGCUCCACCAGCACAGCCCAGUUCCAGGGAUAGGCUCUCCUCAAGACAUGGAAGGCCAAAGGGCUCCUGUGCAGGGGCAGGGGACACCUCUAUCUCCAUUGCCCCAGUGAGAGCACUCCUGGCCAGCGGGGAAGAGCAGAUGUCCCUUGCACCCUAUCCAGGAGCAAUGUUCCAGCUAAUGCCACUAACACCAGUAACAUCAGGACCCCGAGCCCCCUGCUGAGCCUGGAUGGCAGACACGGAGACCUCCAUCCCUGGCUGUUUAACCCAAAACUAGUGCCUGUGUGGAGGAGCUCCUGCUUCCUGUGACACUGAUCAGGGGGACACACCCACAGGGCUGGCUCUGGCUGUGUCACUGUUUGUCCUGCUGGCAUGGCAGCAUGCAAUGCCCGUGGCCAUGCCUGGCCAUGCCCUCUGUCCCCUCAGCUGGCAGUGAUCAUCCCCCUGGGGGGGAACUGGAAAUCUGGAGGUCCAUGUCAGUCUGUUUAUGGGCACAGCUGCCCGGUUUGAAGCCUCGGCCAGCAGUGCCACGUGCCAGUGGAUGUGGGCAGCUGGCCAAGGGCAUGCUGGGCUGGACAUGGUGAUGCAGGGUGGUGGGGGGUGGCUGUGUGGGGUGACACAGGGCAGCAGCAGCCAGAGGGGAUCAGGAGCUGUUGUUCCUCUUCAGUCUCAUUGCUUUUGAAGGGCUUGGGGACACUCUUAUGGGGUCUCCACUAGAAAGGGGACUGGAACCUUUUGGGGAAUGCUGCAGGGAUACAUUACCCUCAGCCCACCCACAGAGGUCCCGUGGAUGGUGUUGGCAUGGUGGGUUGGAGAUGUCCCGACUCCAGUAGUAACUGCAGGCCUGAGGGAAGACUGCCCUAUGGCCUCUCUAACUGCCCCAUGGCAGCGAGGGACUCCAGGAAGACACCCAGAGAGAUGGGGCUGAAGGCCAGCAUCCCCCACCCUGGACACAGGGAUGCUCUUCCAGCCACCACCCAAGUACCCAGGAGCUGGGGCCACCCCUGCUCUGGGGGAAGUCUCCACCCAGAGUGGAGAAUAUUAUUAUUAUUGUUAUUUUCUUGUAAAUUUUAUCUUUUUAUUAAACCAUUGAUAAGUUACAAA